AUGAUACGGUGGUCGACAUUCGUUGUGCUGUGUAGCACCACCAUUGCCAUACUAUUAUCUUUAAUUUUAAACACAUUGUGUGUCAAUGCACAAACUACACCUCUUAGUGCCCUUGAAUUGAAUUCUUGCUAUUGGUUAAAUAGACAGUAUGGACUAGGUUUAGUAGAAAGCGAACAAGAUGUUUGCGGAUCUGGUUAUUUCAAUUGUUCAGUUAUUGGUAAUCAAUAUUAUAUAACAACAAUAUUAAUUGAACCAUCAACAUAUGUUACUCCAUCAUCACAACCAAAUAGCAUUCUAGUAUUUGUGUUUCCACAAUUGACCUCGUUCCAAGUAGAACCCAUUUCAGUUACAGAUGUCAACCAAAAUAUCCUUGAUCGAUUAAAAUCAUUACCAAAUCUAUCACUCAUUACGAUUGAUGGUGAUGAUUCAUUAGUUAUAGUACCAGAAGAUUUCCCAACUGGAAUGCCAUUAUUAAAUAGAGUGAAUCUCUAUAAUAAUCCACUUUUAUCGAUUCCAACCUAUUUCAAUAACUCUAAUCUAGACUACUUUUCAGUGUACACACCAACCGUUCAAACAAUGAAACUCGACGAUACAUUGAAUCUCCCACUAUUGAGUCACAUUGAUAUGGAUUUCAAUCCACUUUUGGAACAAACCUAUGUCAUCUCACCAACUUCACUUCCCAAGUUACAAUACUUGAGUUUAUACUCUAAAGGUGCUGCAUUGGUCAAUGUUCAAAUUAAAAAUAGAAUUACUGAUAUAAUUAAAUUAGAUUCAGAUAAUAAUGGAUACAUUCUAAAUAUUGAUCAACCAGAUGCAGUCGUUGAAAUAUUACUAGCAGGAAGAGGAUCAAACUUUUUCCCAACUGAUUUGGGUUUGUUUACAAGUAUUACAAAGUUUUCAUUGAAAAAGUCAGAGUUGACUGAUUAUCCAAUUGUAACAGGUUUCCCAACUACAUUAACAAAUUUAAAUUUUAGUGGAUCACUAUUUAAAAGUAUUCCAGAUGUAAUUUUACCAAGAGGAUUAAGAGAAUUGGGAUUACCAUCAAAUUUAAUUGAUCAACCUAUUCAAUGGACCGUUUUUUCAGAUUUGGAUGAUGGUUUUAUUUUAAAUGUUGAAGAUAAUCCAAAUCUUUCUGGUACUGUUCCAGAAUCAUUCUGUAAUCAUAAGCUCAGAUCAAGAAAUACAUCCCUCCUCUCAUUACCAGCUUGCUUUAUGUGUUAUAUUGGUGACCCUGAUAUUAUUACAACUUCUGUUCCUGCUCCUACAUCAUGUGAUUUAACAUUUAAUACAACAGAUUUAGUAACAAUAUUUAACAAGACAACGAUUGGCGGAUAUGCAUUGGGGUGGGGUAAUAGUGAGAGUGGAUUAGAGGUAAUCAAACCAAACGAAGUUUUAUUGUACACUUCUACUGAUCCGGUUGUUGGACCAAAGAAAACAAUCAACCUUUCAUUCAAUGCAAAAAUACCACUACUUACAUUCCCAUUCACAGUCAUUGAAGCUGGUAUCACACUUUCUGGCUCGAAUGCAUUCACUGUAAACACACAAGGUAUUUUAUUAAACAUUGGAGCCACCGUGUUUAAUAGAUACAUGCCUCACAAUUUUAAAUUGCUUGGACACCCAAAUACCGUUUGUACUUUUGUCAAUAUUACUACCGAUGGAAAUGCUCAUUGUCAAAUCAAAGGAAUUAUUCCAAAUGGUCCAUUAACCGUUAAUAUUUCAAAUCCCUAUUACAAUGCCAAUGCAUUACUAAGUAUAAAUCUUGUUCCAAGAGAUAUAUGUACAUUUGAAACAUCACAAUGUGCUGGAAAUGGUAAUUGUGAUGAUGGUGGAUUGUGUGUUUGUAACAAACCAACCUUUUAUAAUAAUUGUUCAAAACCAUAUCCAGUUGCUUCAUCUGGCUCGGUUGAGGGAUCCAAUCAAACUUUGAUCAGUUUAUUUGGUGAUUUUGGUAUAUUUGGUCAACAAAACCCAUCGGUUUUGAUCAACGGUACCAUGAGUUGCACGGUCACUAGUAAAUCCCAAUCGUGGAUAAACUGCACUCUUGCCAGUACCCCAACUACAUUUGGAUAUGCCUAUGUCAAUGUCACUGUCGAUUCACUGCCAUUCAACAGUCCUGCCAAAGUAUUGUAUUUCGUUCCUCCUCCACCACCUGCCACCAAUCUCCUACAAAAAUGUAUAGACGAUACUAGAAAUUGUUAUGGUCACGGUCAAUGCCAAGACAAUGGCAAAUGUAUCUGUCAAUUAAAUUAUAAUCCAGAUGAUUUUUGUUAUACUCAAUUUGCAAAUGCAUCAAUUGAUGUAAAUACAACAUCACCAACUACAUCAUUUGAUGUGAAUGGAGUUGAUUUUAGUUUUGAAAUCAUUGCUAUUCAAGAGAUUGAUAUGGAGGGUGGUAUAUUGAAAGAGUUGCUCACUGAGAGUUGGAACGCCAAUAUUACAAGCAAUACCACAUUGACAACAGCCAUCUACGCACUUAAUAUUACAGACACGGACAAGGAAACUAUGUUGUUGGGUAAUACUGACAUUUCAGCCGUGAUUUCAUUUUCUUCACAGGCACGUGUCAUCCGAUUCGGUAACCAGGAUCUUAAUAUUGGCGCCAACUCGAUUAAGCUAUCGGUUAAUAUCACCAACUGGCAAUACUCUUCUAAUUUGGCAACACUACGAGUUGUCUUUCAAACCAUUGUCAAUGAGGAACAAUUGAUUCAGGUCGAUUGUCAAGACAAGGAGGUGGAGUCAUUCACCAACAAUGAAAUAUCGUCAUCACUACAGUACUUGCGUGUCGUCAAGGACAAUGUUCAAUUCAACGGUCGAUUCAUCGACUAUGUCUUGUCGGAUGGACAUCAGGCCAUUUCAACCACCUAUCUCAUCAAUCAAACUUCGCUGGGUCAAGGACAAUCCCUUGCAGUGCUCGGAAUCACCAUGCCACUCUGUGCAGAGUGUAUUCUCGAUCCCGACUUUACACCACUCCUGAUUGACAAGGGUGAUGACCAAUGUGACCAAACCGACUCGAAAACUUGGAGAAUUAUAGUUGGAGCCGUAGUAGGAGGUGUUGGUCUAGUAUCCCUUUCCGUCGGUGCUGUCAUUGUCAUUAAAAAGAAAAGAAAUAGUGAUAGAUCAAGUAAAGAAAUGAAACGUAAAUUAGAUAGAUUUGCCUAA